AUGGCAGUCACAUCCACACUUUAUAUGCCAUUGGUCGAAACCCAUUUCUACUUCGCGGGUGGUCAACAGCUUUUCACCGUUUACACUUUGCAGCCACAAACGACACCCUUCACGCCAAAAGACGCUUCCUGUUCCAUACUGCCUCGAGCCAUACGGGCUUUGAAUGCCGGCAUCCCUCACCGGGAAUGCACAAGUCUCCUGAGUACUCCAACUGAAGUCUGGAUCAACAACAUUGUCACUACAAGAGAAAGUGAGAGCACCAUCGCAACAUCUUGGACAAAAGUUUUCCUUUCAAACCUCCCCAGCGGGAGCCCAAUCAUUGUCAAUCAUCCUGUAUUUCCACUUUACGGCAAAAUUCCGUCUCGUCAAGUUGAAGGCGCCGACAGAACAGAACUAUCUGCAGGAGCAAUCGCUGGUAUUGUCGUUGGAGUUCUAGUAUUGUUCUUGGCUCUUUUCGGUUGUAGUUGGUUCAUGUGUUUUAAGAAGAGAAAGCAAAAAAGGGGGGCCCAGCUAUGGCAGGGAGAGACUGCCCUUGGGAGGGAAGCUCCAUCUCACGGAGGGGAAAGCUAUGGCUCAAAAAUGGAGCUUCCAGAUCAUGGCCGAGAGGCCCAAGAGAUGCAUACGAUGAGGCCAUCUCCAGUAGAGCUCUCGUCGCAGAGUAGAGCUGCUGAGAUCGAGGCAGGGAGUCGCCCUGUUGAAUUGGCAUCCUAG